CAUUUCUACGACUCCGCAUUGAGUGCUGAAGCGUACGUCGACAUCGCCGCCAUCUUGGAUGUGGCAAAGUCAGCGAGAAGAUGCCUCAUUCAUGUGCUGCAUGGAAUUGUACCAACAGAUUUACAGUACAAACCCGAUCGCAAGGCCUUACCUUUCACAGGUUUCCCAAAGAUAAGGAGCAGAGGAAACAAUGGGAAACAGCUGUCAGAAGGGAAGGGUUUUCAGCCACUCCGUCAUCCAUGCUCUGCAGUGAGCAUUUCAGACCGGAGGAUUUUGACAGGACAGGUCAGACAGUCCGGAUCAGAGCUGGAGCUGUUCCUUCAGUCUUCUGUUUCCCAGCUCAUCUCCACAGGCCUGUGGUUACCAGGACACCUCAGACCUCCAAGAAGGCACAGGAGACCCUGUCAGACUGUUCCCACCUUGUCCAAGAGGCCGAGCCCCUGCCUCUCCCCAAUGUUGACCACUCCUAUGCUCUGCCUUCAUCACAUGAGGAUCUGAGGGCUAGACUCAGGGGAGCCCUGGCUAGGGUGGAGAGUCUGGAAAGAGAGAGGAGGAACGCGAAGGACAGAGAGAGGAGGGCAAAGAACACUGUGAGUGGUCUUCUGCAGGAUCUCAGGGCGAAGCAACUAAUAAAUGAAGAGUUGAAAGAGCAGCUCGAUGUAUACUCAGGUAAGAUUAAAAUACAAAUAUGGAGAAACUUUGAUCUUUACUGUAUAAUACUUUCUCUUCUUUGUUAAGACUUCCUAGUGAUUUCAAUGGCACUUACUAAUUUGCCUGUGCUAUUGAAUUAGUACUAACAUACACACAAACUAGGACUGUGAGAUUGUUGCUAAAAUGUAUAUCACAACUUUUCUCCCUAAGAAUGGAGAUCAACUAGUGAAUCAUUUUUAUAUUUUAGAAAUGAAGACUAAUGACUCAUAGGAACAUGUUAUUGUUCAUGGUGAAGAUUAUUGUGCUUUCUGUUAAUGCAGACAUUUGCUUUUAGAUAAUUGACAGGCUCUUUGACAUAAUGAACAGCCGCAAUCCCCAUGCCAAAGGGUUCAAAGCUCCCCUGGGUUCUUUGAAUUGGGAAGAGAGUGUAGAGUUGUUGGUGAGAGGCAGGGACUACUUGAUGAGCUUGGUGAUGAAAGAUGGCACGCCCCUUCACCGAUCCAAGAGGUUUUAGGAAAUAGUGAAGCUUUUGUUUGCAUGAAGAGUUCAUAAGUUUAUGACAUCAAGUUCAUAUGAUGUUCUGUUCUAGACUGGACAAGAAAUUCAAAUUUCAUUUUUUUUUCAAAUACCUCUAUUGAUAUAGAGAUAAUAUUAAAGGGAUGACUAUUGGUGCCUUAC